UACGACGCAAAUAAGCUUCGCUCCAGCGUUGGCCAACGCAACGAAGUGGCGGCAAUGAGGACCAACACGAACGUGUCCCUGAGGCAGUUGGUGUAUAAAAAGGCUGCUCAUUGCUGGUAACGGGCAUAUGUUCGUCGCGCUUCGAAGCUGAAAUAUCUCAGUGAAAAUUGCGGAAUAUACUUGACAAAAGCAAAACCGUUGAUAUUUGUUUUGUUUCCAAAUAAUAAAUCAAAAUAAGCAUUUGGAAAAAAGUGCAAGUGUCACCAGAAAACCAAAAACUCCUUAAGCGAAUUUGGAUUAAAAAUAUAACAAAAACUUUUAAAGACAAGAAAUAAAGUGUCUGAAAAUUUUGUUUCUAACAAAACCAAAGAACUGUUAAAAUCUUUAAAAGAAAACUGAAAAAGUGUUACAAGCUAAACACAAAACAAACUCAUAAUGGAUAAUUUAACUCCGCAAAAACUCAACAAACCAACAACAUCAUCUUCCAGCAGCACUUCCAACUCAUCAGUGUUCGUUGCAAAAAAUACCACAGCCUUACCCGUACACGUCGCACACAAAUCCGUUUCCUACUCAUCCACAUCCUCCUCGAGCGACAGCAAAAUGUCCAAAACAAAAUUAACACGCGAUCAAAAGACAACGCGCGGUUUUCUCAAUUGCAUCGGCAAGCAUUUAGGUUGUCCCUUCCUACAACAAAAUUCGCGUCAUCUACCACAACAGCAACUCCAGCGUUACAUCUAUAACAGCCAAGACGAUUUGCCCAGCUCCUCCACAGACUCGUUCUCGCUCAGCUAUGAACGUGGCUCACACACUGGCUUUCACCUCACCGGCUCCAGCAUUGAUCUCACUUGCGGUGAUCUCAAUGACUUUGCACCGCAAUCGAAAACCCAGAAAUAUCACCAGCAACAUGCCUCACACAAUACACUCUCCUCCUCGGCGUACAGUGGCUCCUCGUGUUCACCAGCAUUCUGUUCGUUUGACGUUGAUUGUUUGGUGGACAUCUACAACGGUGAUGUUGAUGCAGAUGGCGAAGAAGAUGUGUCUAUCUCGCUGAAAAUGUACCAGCAACAGCAGCAGCACAACAGCUCCAAUAAUAAUGUGGCGCAUAGUUGCAGUUCCGGCCACAAUACCGAUACAAAUAGCAGCGAUGACGAUGAUGAAUGCUCCACACAUGAGGAAUGCUGUGAACAAAAGCAGAAGCGUAAGUGUCUGAAGCACGAAGCACAACAACAUCACCAGCAAACGCAUCAGCAGCACCAUGACCAACAAAAAGAGCACACAACAACACAUAAGCGUCUGCACCUAAGUCGGCUAUCAAUCGCCUCCUCAGUGACACGCAUGUUGAACCAUUUCGCAAGCAGCACGUCGAUGAGGUCUCUGUCAUGCAGCAGUACACCACUGCGCUGCUUCAAGGAUGCUAAACCGAAGGAGGCUGAUGACGCAGCUUCGCAUCUGAAUGCCAGGAAUAAGAAUGAGCACAAGAAGCACAGCUUGCCGAAUACGUCGUCAUCGUCGGCAUCGUCCAACGGUAGCCGUAGCAGCAGCAGUGGCAGCAGUAGCAGCGGCGGCGGUGGCGGCAAAAGCAGCAACAGCGUUAGCGCCAAGAAGAAGGAAAAGAAGCAGCAGAGCAUAUUGCGGCCGCCAGUGCAUUAUGUCUACACGAAGGGCAUGUCCGGCCUCUACUCGCGUGUGCCGCGCUACACCGUCUGCUCGCCAUAUGCAAUGCAUUAGGGUGGCGUUAGGUGGCGUUGGUUAAGCGUAUGGAAAUGUGAGAUCUAUGUAUGUAAAUGAAAUAUGCAUAUAUACACUAUAUAUGUAUACAAACUCAGACGUAUCGAAAAAGAGGCUGACUAUCUAAGUAUUAUAGUUCGUAGAGAUUUGUAGCUUUGGAGAAGUUAAACUUACUUCCAAAUAACAACAGCAAAAGACUUGUAAUAUAAUAACAGAAAAAAAUAAUACCGUUAAGUGUACAUGAGCGAUUAGUUUAACCUUUAGUUACUUGUAAGCGUCUAAGUAUAAGCUCGAAAGAAUUAGGUUUGGUUUAAAAAACAAAAGACGUAAUAAUGGAAAUCGCAGUGCCUCGAGUCUAAUGAUUUGAAAUGUAUGAAGAAUGUAAACCAUAAUGUAUAUAUAGAUGUACACCAAACACCUAGUGGGUGUGUUGUUGUCGGUUGAGUAAACUCAAUGUAAAACUUUGCAAAUUUCUUCCAUUCAAAGCUGCAUAUUUUUUCUAAACAAAAGCGGUAAAACGAAAUAAAAUUAAAACUAAAAAUUUUAUUCAAAAAGCACUGAAAAGUUCAAAAAUUUCUUCCAUUACUACAAGGAAAAGUAUUCAACUAUCAAAUAGUUUAAAAAUCUAUGUAUUA